CUGUGACGUCAUACGAGGAAGCGCGCUGACUGCUUUUGCACACUGUUUUUCUUGGCUUGACUGUAUGUGUCCAGCCGGAACAUGGACAUGCGUCCUGCGGAGGAGUUACUCAAGGACUGGGAGAGCGAGCAACAGCGUCUUCGUCAGCUGGUGGUGGACCAGGACAGUGAGGUCUGGCAGAGCAGGCCAGACUUUGCAGGUCUGCAGAGAGUCGCUGGGGUGGACCUGUCUUUCAUCAAGGGGGACGAGGUGAACGCUUGUGCUCAGCUGGUGGUCCUGAGUUAUCCAGAUCUCAAGCUCUUAUAUGAAGAUAGUCAGAUGGUGACGCUGACAGCCCCCUACAUCGCUGGCUUCCUGGCUUUCAGGGAAACUCCCUUUCUUCUGGAGGCGCUGCAGCGGCUCAAUGGCAAGGAUCCCUCUCUCAUGCCUCAGGUGGUGUUUGUGGAUGGGAACGGUCUCUUCCACUACAGAGAGUUUGGUCUGGCGUGCCACCUGGGAGUGCUGUCUGAGCUGCCAUGUGUUGGUGUUGCAAAAAACCUGCUCCAGGUGCAAGGAGUGCACAAGUCUGGCGAGCACCAGUCACAGAUUGCUGCCCUGGAGAAAGGUGGCGACAGCUUCCCACUCAUCGCUGCCUCGGGCAAAGUUCUUGGAAAGGCACUGCGUAGUUCUGAGAGCAGCUCAAAACCGGUGUACGUGUCUGUUGGACACAAGAUCAGUCUGGAUACGGCUGUACGACUCACUCAUGCCUGCUGCCGCUACCGUGUCCCAGAGCCUAUCAGACAGUUAGUGUUGAGGGCCUUCAACAUUGUCUCUUGCUGAUUUUGGAAUCCUCUCUCUUGCCUAUAGUUAACUGGUUCUGACAGUCCUUCAGAUGGGGAGUGAACAAAAUGGAGAUGGGUGACUGUAGACAUGUCCACAUAAAGAUGUGUUGCACAGAUCCACUGACAUUUUGAUCAGGCAGAUCUUUUGUGGACAUGAAACCAGUAUUUUCGGUAUUUUAUUUUAGAUAUGAUACGCAUGUUUUGCGUCUUGGCCUGUAUUAUCACAAAGUGACUUUUUGAAAGUGAUGAUGUCAUAGCUCGCACGAGUGCCGGGAGGGACUACAUUUCUUGUAGACGUUCUCCAUGGCUGGUUGUUGAGUCAGGUGCGACAGUUACCAUGCAUCGUCUGCCAUUUUGCUGUAUAUUCUGUGGUUUGUUUACAGCAUGCAAGAUUUUAUGAAUGCUGGGAUCUAGAUUUUUUGUGAACAAGGCUUGAUAUGUGGAAAUGUGCUGCAAUUCCUGGAAUCAGAUGUAUUGUUUUGGGUAAUAAAUGACCGUCAUUGAACUUUUAUUAUUCAUACUAAUAGUUGACACACACACACACGCACAUGCUCAAACUCAUGAGUGCGCACACAACCACAGAAUCUUCCCCUCUUUCACCACGACCCACAUGAGUCCACUAAAAGCCUUAAUGGACUGAUCUGAAAUCCAAAAUUUUUUUUUUCAUUUUCUCAUACUUCUUUUUGCAUUGGCAGGCUGGUGGGAGUUUUAUCAACCGGCAAAAAAUAUUAGGAGAAAGUGGCCGCCUCUGGCCAGUCACUCAUAAUAAAAACAGCCUCAGUUCUAAAUCAUUGGGGCAUCUUAGUGCAAACUAGUUCCCACACAUAAUAUUGCUCUGACACGCAGGAAGAAAUACAGCAGAGUUUUUGUGCAUUCCAUUAUUUUUCUAACUCAGUUUUGUGUCCCCGCACGCACAGAUAUUUAUAUUCUUGGCAGUGUGCUGCCCAGACAGGCACAGUGAGAAGAGGCGUACACACAGUUCUGUCAUCCAAAUUUCAAAGGAAAAGUAAAUUAUUUAUUUCUACUCCUCUGACACUGGUUUAGUCAUUUGUCUUAUUUCCUCCGAAAAGUGAUGACAUCUGCAUGCUUUUCUAGUUGCAUGAGCGAAAUGGACGCUAUGAAAUGUUUUUUUUUUUCCCUACAUUCGUUUUUACACUAAAUUGUAUGUGUGCUGAACUGUGACAACACGGAAACAGUGACUGUUGCUUUAGCCUCCUUUAUGUGAAUUACCGCCACUGUUUGCGCUAUAACUGUGUUUUCAUUGCUGCUGUACUAUAUUUUAGAGCAAGAAGUUUUCAAUAAAAUGACACAAUCAUCUGGAAAAAUCAACAAUCCAACCCUGCAGAUGCAACUAUUCUGGUCUUUCGUGUGCGUUGACGUCUUUGUACAUACCUUUGCAAAGCAAUUAUCAAAUUAUAUUUGAAUUUUUUCUCUACGAAAUUGCAGCUUCUUUUUCGACGCAUGUUUUCCC